AUGGGUGAGGUGGUUGAGGAAAGUGGCAUCAACCCACCGGCAAUGGACACAGACUUGGUGGCUCCGGUGGUCUCAGCCCCUCCCAUGCAGAUGCAGUAUAGCACACCAUCGUGGUCCAGGAAACCACUGCUCUCAAUAGAACAUCCAAAUGCUGCAAGCAACGAUAAUAAUAAUACCCUCCAAAACUCUCGCACUCCAAACUUCAUCUCACCCUUGGGUAGCCCUAUAAGGAGAGCUCUACAACUCACCAAGCUUGAUUCUCAAGAUGCUUGGCUUCCCAUCACAGAGUCCAGGAAUGGCAACGCCUACUAUGCUGCCUUCCACACUCUUUGCUCUGGCAUCGGAAUUCAAGCACUUGUACUCCCUGUUGCCUUCACCAAUCUUGGCUGGACGUGGGGGAUUAUUAGUUUGACAGUGGCAUUCAUAUGGCAGCUUUACACCUUGAGGCUUUUGGUCAAGCUUCAUGAAUCCACUGAAACUGGGAUGCGUUACAGUCGAUAUCUCCAGAUCUUCAGUGCUACUUUUGGUGAAAAAAUGGGGAAAAUCUUUGCUUUGUUUCCGAUCAUGUACCUAUCAGGUGGCACCUGCGUUGCCCUGAUCAUUGUUGGUGGUUCAACCUCGAAGCUCUUCUUCCAAAUCGUAUGUGGUGGGCAUGGUUGCUCGGCGAAGCCAUUAGCAAGCGUGGAAUGGUAUUUGGUGUUUACAUGUGCUGCCGUUGUUCUAUCUCAGCUGCCCAACUUAAAUUCCAUAGCUGGAGUUUCCCUAGUCGGGGCAAUCACCGCUAUCGGCUACUGUACAAUAAUGUGGUUUGUGUCUGUGACAGAGGGUAGGCUUGAUGGGGUUUCCUAUGAUCGAGUGAAACCGGAGAGCAAUAUUGUUUGGAUUUUUGGCAUUCUAAAUGCUUUUGGGAUCAUUGCUUUUGCUUUCAGAGGCCACAAUCUUACACUUGAAAUUCAGGCUACCAUGCCUUCCAGUGAAACGAAACCAUCUCACAUACCAAUGUGGAGAGGGGUCCAAGUUGCUUAUGUGAUCGUUGCGGUGUGUUUGUUUCCCCUUGCAAUUGGAGGUUAUUGGGCUUAUGGCCGCAAGAUACCUGAAAAUGGAGGAAUGCUGACAGCAAUAUACGCAUACCACGGGCGCGACACUUCACCAGCUGUUCUGGGAUUAACAAGCUUAUUAGUCAUAGUAAAUGCUGUAAGUUCAUUCCAAAUUUAUGGCAUGCCAAUGUUUGACCACAUGGAAUCCAAGUACACCAGCAGGAAGAACAUGCCAUGCCCCUGGUGGCUGAGGGCGGUUUUUCGGGUCAUGUUUGGUUACGGGUGCUUCUUUGUAGCCGUAGCAAUCCCAUUCUUGGGAAGCUUUGCAGGUCUAAUUGGGGGAAUAGCGGUGCCAGUAACCUUUGCCUAUCCCUGUUUCAUGUGGAUUAAGAUCAAGAAGCCGAAGAAAUAUAGCAUAAUGUGGUGGAUAAAUUGGGGAUUAGGAGUUUCCGGCAUGUUACUGGGUGUUCUGUUGACUGCAGCCGGUAUUUAUGUUGUGAUUGACACUGGCAUUCAAGUUAGCUUUUUCAAGCCUAACUAAUUCAAACAAGGAGGGUGAUGAAGUAGUUUCAUGUUUGUUUUAUGUUUUAUUUAGAUGUUAUGGACAUCAAAUACUAUUUCUUGUAAUGUGUGACCAAUAUUUAUUUAUGAUUAUUA